AUGAGUAUCGACUAUUCCUAUUUAAAUCCUCCUUUGGGAGCUCAUUCAGUUUAACAUACAGGUAUUUAGAAACUACUAUUCAAUUCGUAGAUUAUUAUAUUAAACAUCAUGAAAGAGAAAAAGGAGCUCGUAAAAUUUAUGAUUGUGUUCCUUACGAUUCUUUUGAAUAAGAAAAGAUCAAAGAACUUAAAUAAGAAAUCUAAAAAUUAAAUAUAUAGCUUCCAUCAGAGUAACUAUUUUGUUUUAUAAAUCAGUUGGAAAGAAAGUGAUUAUUUAAAAAUUGGUUAUUCAGGUCGUUUUAAAAUGAAAGAAGUUAUCAAAGUAAAUAAUUUCAUCAUAAUUCCAUUAGAAAUUGUAGUUGCAUCUGGCUUGGAGAGCAAAUCCAAUAUAUCAUUAAAUAAAUCCAGCAACUGAAAAAUUUCUUAAGAAUGGCAUAUGUUAUAUAUUUGGAAGAGAUAAGCAAUAUCGUCCUAUAGUUAUCUUGAAUGCUCAUCUAAUUGAUUUAAAGAAAGUAAGACUUUAAAUAUAUUUUAUAUAGUAUGAUAAAGAAACGAUAAUUUAGGCAUUGUCAUUCCAAAUGGGAAUAAUAAAAAAAUAUAUGUUCAUACCUGGUAAAGUUGAGAAUUGGAUAUUCUUAUUGGAAAGUAAUGGUUUAGGAGUUUUUGGUUUACCAACAAAAGCAUUAUAAGUAGUUAUUGAUACAAUGAGUACAAAUUUUGGUGGUUGUUUGGAGAAGAUGUUCAUUUUAAAUCCAUCAACAGGUUUAAAUUUUUUAUGGAAAACUAUAUCUGGAUUUUUAGAUCCUGAAACUGCAGAAAAGAUUAAUUUUUUAUAGAAGAAAGAUUUUAUGAAAUUACAGUAAAUUAUUGAUCCAAAUCAAUUGGAAUAGAAAUAUGGAGGUACAUAAUCUAAUUAAACUACAUUUUGGUAAUUAUAUUUUAUUUAUAAUAGGCCUCCAUAUAAUUUAGAUUUAAUUGAUGGAUAUACUGUUCCUAAAUAAAAAUAAUAAAUAUAAUAAUUUAUUAAUGAUAGAAAUGAUGAUAAAUAGAUAUAACAAAAUGAAGAUCCUUAUGAUAAUGUAGAAAAUAAUGUUAAUGAUUUUUUCGAAACUUAAAAAUAAUUGUAUAAUUUAGAACCAAAAAAAUCAGCUGAAUUUGGAUAUGCAUCUUAAAUUGAUUAAAAGGAUUAAGAAUAACAUUAAAAAUAGGAAUUGAAUGAUCAAGAAUAAUAAAAAGUAAAUGAUUAAAUUCAUCAAUCAUCUCCUCUAAAAUAAAACUAAUAAUAGUAAGAGAUUGACUAAAAUAAUAAUAAUGAAUUAAAUUUCUAAUAGACUGAUCAUUAACAUGAAGAAAGAAAAGAAUAAGAAUAAGUUCAUAAAGAUGCUAUUAUUUCUAAAUAAGAACCCGAAUAAGAAGUAUUAAAAUCAUCAGAAUAAUAAUAAUAAUAAUAAUAAUAAUAAUAAUAAUAGUAAUAAUAAUAAUAAUAGUAAUAAUAAUAAUAAUAAGAAUAAGAUCAUUAAGAAUAAACUUAAAAAGUUGAAAUUGAUGUGAAUAAUAAAAAUUAGCAUGAAGAAGAGAAUAAUGUUAUAAGUAAUGCAUCUGCUACUAAAAUAAUUUAACCAGAAGAAGUGCAAGGAUAAAAUAUUGAGAUGACAUAAGUUGAUCCCGUUGCCAAUCAUGCUUGUUGUAAGGGUUGUGAGAUAUUUUGA